AUGGAUUCCAUCCCCCAUCCUCUGUCGGUGUCGAUUUUGUCCGAAGCUUCUUCCAAUCCCCCCUCGGAGUUAGAGUUGCACAAGCUAAGAAAAACCCAUUUAAAAUUGAUCUCGCUGAGGUUCCAUGACGGAGGUCUCGCCAAAAACUUGGGAGUCAAGGGUAUCGCGAGGGGAGGAGGUGGUCGAUGGCAACAAGAGGUUCUUGAUCCAGAGGAUCUUGAUGCUCUUGGUGCCCUGGAGAGCAGGAGGAGGAACCGAUGCCAUCGAGGAAAAGGAGGAAAAUCGCUCACCGAGGCCGCUGCAGGAGGCGGCGGUGGAGGUCGAGGAUCUGGCCGUGGGCCCGGAUAUGGAUCUGGCUCCAAUUCUGGAUAUGGUGAGGGUGUCGGUGGCGGAAGCGCUGGAGGGUACUGUAGAGGAGGCAAAGGCAGUGGCGGAAGAGAACGAGGCAGCGAUAGCUCUGGCUCCGGGUCCAGCAGCUGUUAUGGAUUGGGAUACGGUGAGGGCACUGGAGGAGGAAACGCUGGAGGGUAUGGGAAAGGUGGCGACUGUGGAGGCCGUGGCGGUGGGGGAGAAGUGGGAGUUGUAGGCUCCAUCUCGGGUUACCUUACGGUGAGGGGUGGUGUGGCUGGUAAUGUCGGAGGAUAUGGAAGGGUCGCGGCGGUGGAGGUGGUGGCGGCGGAGGAGAGGGAGGCAGUAAUGGGUCAGGAGGAUCCGGAUCCGGGCAAGGGUAUGGAUCCGGCUAUGGCUUUGGCGUAG